AUGACAGUGGACUUCAGGAGGACACCCCAACAUUGCCUCCUCCGUCUCAGCAUACUGAACAGCACUGUGUCGACUGUGGAAUCCUUUAGGUUUCUGGGAUCUACAAUUUCCCAGGACCUGAAGCGGGAGCGCAACAUUGAUACAGUCAUCAAAAAGGCCCAGCAGAGCACAUACUUCCUGCCUCAGGAGCUGCUGACCCAGUAUUACACUACUGUCAUCAAAUCUGUUCUAUCAUCUUCCAUCACUGUCUUUUUUGGGUCGGCCACCAAACUGGACAGGAACAGACUACAAUGGACCACCAGGCCUGCAGAAAAGACUAUCGGCAGCGACCUGCCCAACAUCCAGAACCUGUAUGCAUUCAGAGCCAGGAAAAGUCACAGCAGAGUCCUCACAUCUGGACAUAACCCGUUUCAUCUUCUCCCCUCUGACCCCAUCAGCCACCCCAGGACCGUCUCCCACGGCGAUGUGGGCCUAGCCAAUGAGGCGAGCUCUCCUGGCACUCUGUGCAAACUGGACGUCUUUCAAAUGUGUGCUCAUCCACACACACAUUCUGUGGGCUUGGGAGCCAACACUAUCAUGGAGCUGCCCUGUCUUCCUGUUGAAACCCCCACCACAGACAACUCCAGCUCCACGGAUCCCCUGUACGACAACUGCCCACCUUUUGCCCAGCGAGGCAGGGCCAGGGAAAAGGAAAUGGAGAGUAGAGUUCUGUGCCCUGCUGUAACCAGAUUCCCAGGCCCCUGCAGCCCUCACCCUGGUUUGGCUCCAGUUGUGGAUGAGGUUCCCACACUAGCUGGUGGGGGAAGAGGGCCUGGCGCCUGGCCAGAUCACAGCUACUGCAGCUGGAGAGAAAGCCUGGGAAGACAGUGCUGGGGAGCAGAGAUGGGCCCAGGCAUGAACAGAGCACGAGGAGGAGAGAGAGGGGGAGAGCAGGGGAGUAGCUGGGGAGCAGAGUGUAGAGGAAAGGACAGAGCUCAUCUGAACCAGAGCCCCAGCCCAUCACAGAGUGAAGAACACCGGAGUGCUCUGUCUCUCUAUGAUAACCUUCCUAAUGCUGUCACCCCUGAUAGCCUCCAGGCUGCCUUUGACAUAGAAACAAACUUCCCAGAGCACCUACAGGAACAGAUGUACCAAGCAUGGGCCCCUGAGCAGCUCCAGGGAUUGAUUGAGGGUGAGGGAGUGAGUGAAGAGAAGAGCCCUUGGUCUUCCUGUGAGAUCAUCCUCCCUGAAAGUGGCUCCAUCAACCGGGACCAGAAUCCAGACCAAGAAAAGGAGCAUGAACAGGAGCCUGAGCUGGACUCAGGAUCCUGUGGAUUUCAGCAGGGGGACCCGAUGCUGCAUCCCCUGCUCUCUCAAAAGAUGUCGCCUCCUCAGCCACAACUUGCAACAAGUUCCCCUCAGCAAUGCCAAACUGGGUGCCAAGCUCCUUGGCUUCAAGCUGAGGCCCAGCACCAAGAGCAUUCAUCCUGGGCUCCUAGGGUGCCCCCUCCCGUACCCCUUGCUGACCCCUCUGCCAGUGCACUUCGCAGCCUCCUCACCAGCCUCCAACAGCAGAUAAUGAGACAGAGGGAAGAGUAUGAGGCUCGAAUAAUCAGCUUGGAGCAGAGAAACGAGGAGCUGCACGUAGAGGUUGCUCGGUUGAAAACCAACCUCGCACAGCAGCGACACUGGUAUCAGGCUGUGCAGGCUAAGAUUGCAGAGUCUGAAAGGGCCCGCACUGAUGCAGAAAUACGCAAUUCAGCGCUGCAGAAAGACAUGGACCAGUUCUUUGACACCUUUGGGGAACUCAACAGUGAGGCAAAGAAGACAGAGUACAUCGUCAAGAGCUUUUGAGAAUGAAUAUGUGUGGUGUGUGAUGAUAUGAACAGCGAGUGUGCAAAGUAUAGGAAUAGGAAUAAAGGCAAAAUAC